CUCAAAAUAUUGUGUCUUUUGACAUAUACAAAAUUUAUUUUUCACAACACAAAUCAAAUUUGGAGCUUUUUUCUAAAUGGAUCAAAAAGAUGUUUCCUCCGAUGACCAAAAACUUAGUCUGUCACCAAUCGAUGGUUUCAUCAAUCAACCCAUUUUUGUAGUCGAUUUGAAUGGCGAAGUGCAAAUACAACUCGAAGGAAGCCAUACGACCUCCUCAAUCACAGAAAGUGAAAAUGUGCAAUCACCGAGAAACGUUCAAUUUGAUGAGGGAAUCGUAAAUAAUCAGGUCAGUUCCCAGACUCUGCUGGCAAGGGAUGGAAUUGGAUCAGACGAGGUUUGUGGAAGUCCCAAAAUUCCUGAAAAUCAGAGAGAAAAUGAGGAGAUAGCGGAACGUUUCAAGCAAAUAAUGAAUAUGUUUGACGCCUUCACUAAGAAUUUGGAAAGUCUAGAUAUGUCGCCAACGCCAUCUGCCGUAAAGACGGAGACAAUUGUAAAUAUAAAUGAGUUAUCUGCAGAUUGUGGGAAACCCCAGACUAGUUAUUGCCAGAGUGAAGCAGGGGAGGUGUACUAUUCAUCUGGUGCCUAUAAUUCGGGGAAUCCCAACUGCUUAGCCCUCCAGACUUCGUUCCAUGAAAAUGCUAGCAUUGGUCAAUCGUCGAAGGUGACAGUUUCCGUUUGUUCAAGUAAAUCUGAAUUGCUUUUAUCGCUCAAUAAUUACACCAACGCCGACAACGUCUGUCAUCGUGUUUCAACUGAGGACGACCAUUCAGUAAAGAAUCAGAUCAAAGAAAUACCAUCAAUUCAAAAUGUUUCGCACGACGCCAGGACAGCUGAUGAAGGGACCACAGUUCCAACAUUCCAUACCAUACACAUUGACACCUCGGUAUUACCAUCGUCAAGUGUCAUGCGUCGGCCGCCAAUGUGCCAGCGUCUGUGGGAUUCGAUAAGCGAUUUCUGUGCAGCCAUCUGCUUGUGCCUCCAGGUUAAUAAGGAAUGCAUUUUUUGUUUUGCUUUCUUUGCAGCAUUUGUUGUGAGCGCUUCCUUUUUGACAGCUUUCUUUUAUCGUACUCUCAGCCUGAGUCCAUUGCUACUGCAGCCGUCUGUUGUGCCACUCCAACCGGAAGACGGAAUGGUGGAAACAUUUUGAAGUGGAUGCACCAAAUGAAAUUGAAAUCUAUUGCCCAAAUUUGUUUGUAAUUGGAAAAUUCAGAAUUUCUAUUAAACCCCAAGAGUUCAGUGAAGCCUUCUAGCAUUUGUUGCAAAUUCAUCUAAACUCGCAACGAUUGAGAUGUAUGAAACGAAAUCCGAAUUGUUUCAAUAAAAAUGCAACAUUAUUCGAAAA